CAGUAGUAAAAUAUUUGUAAACAACGACGUGGUAUAAUUAAUUAAUUAAAAAAUUUACAGUAAAACUAUGCUUAAAUUAGUGGUAUUAGUAAUACUCGCGGCUAUUAUGGGUUGCCAAGCUGAAUUCACGGCUGCCGAUUGCCGCGAGCUGGGAUUUAUAAAAAGCCAACUUAUGUGUUCCACCUGUGAUAAACUGGAUGAUUUUGGGCUUGAGACUAUAAAGCCGCAGUGUAAGCAGUGCUGCACACAAGACGUACAGCCGGCAGCCAAGAGAACCUAUGCCAAGGCUAUCUUGGAGGUGUGCACAUGCAAAUUCCGUGCCUAUCCACAGAUACAGGCAUUCAUACAGAGUGGACGCCCCGCCAAGUUUCCCAAUCUGCAGAUUAAGUAUGUAAGAGGACUGGAUCCCAUGGUGAAGCUUCUGGAUGCCAGCGGCAAUACGCAAGAGACUCUAUCCAUAGCCAAGUGGAACACAGAUACUGUAGAGGAGUUCUUUGAGACGCAUCUGGCACAUGAAGGUGCCACAGGCAAGAGCUCCUACAGCGUGGUAGAAGAUGCUCAAGCGGAGGAAGAUGCCGACUAUUUGCGUACUAAUAGAAUUUAAGCUUCCAAAUGUUCCAAUAAAGCUAGCCUAACUUCUAGGUGUCGAUAUAAAUAA